UAAUUUGCGACAGUUAUGGGCUCGUUUACGGCAGUUGUUCAUGUCAUGCGCAGUAAGGCAAAUCCUGCCCAGAGUUCACACCCGCUGGAAGAAGCGAUGCAUUUUGGACUGCCACCUGCAGAGACAGUGCAAGGAAGACUCUUAAAAGGGUUCUGUGUCACAGUGCUCCUGGGCGCGUUCAUGCUCCCGCUGCUGAGGACUGUGGGAUUGCGUGCGUUCUCCAUGGCAACCGAAGCGUAUUCGUCCGGUACCCACUCUGCGGCCUUCGUCACCUGCCCCAAUGAAACCGUGGCCAAAGACCUGGCCAGAGGGAUCGUGGAGAAGAAACUGGCAGCCUGUGUGAACAUAGUGCCCAAAAUCACCUCAGUAUAUGAAUGGCAAGGAAAGAUUGAAGAAGACAGUGAAGUCUUGCUGAUGAUUAAGACAAGGACUACAAAGAUCUCUGCUCUGGCUGAAUAUGUAAGGUCUAAUCAUCCAUACGAAGUGGCCGAGGUCAUUAGCUUGCCCAUUGAUCAGGGUAACCCGCCCUACCUGAAGUGGAUUGGAGACAUUGUGCCUGAAUAAAAGAGUACGAUCACAGACAGGACAAACAACAGUGCUCCAAAGGAUUGUGGGAAAUCACAAGAAAUCACAAAUAUGAUUAGAUUUUUGAUAUAUGUUCAGAUUUAGUGCAUUCCGCACUAAUAAUGUAAAGCUGUAACAUGAAAUAAUUUCAGUAGCACUUGAAUAAAAUGAUGUUUUCAAAA